AGACAGUCUUUUUUUCUCUCUCUCUCUCUUUCUCUCUGCUCAUCAGGGGUCUCCUUCUCUAGCUAUAUAAGGCGCUCAGUUUCACAGAGGUAACACAGUUUCCUUCGAGCCUCAGGAAAAUCGCCAAAUAGCAACAGCAGCCACAGCAGCCGGCUCCUCUAAUAAGGAAACAAUCCAGCUCUCAGCCGCACACUUACCGAUAUCUUCCAGCAGUUGCACAGAGACGGAGGUUAUUUGGGCUCCUGAGGAGGUUUAUUACCCCAGACAGCUUGCGUAUCAGAAUGACCCACUCUGCUUCGUCUUGCCUCCUCUUCCUCUCCCUCCUGAUGCGUUGCGUCACUGACUCGUCUUCGCUCUUCCUGCCGGACUCCAAGGAACUGCUGCGCCUGCUGAGCCGCUACGAGCAGGAAGCGGACCACAGCGGCGUUAGCUCCACAGCUGGCAACAGGACAAGACGAGCCAUCCUCUGGUCGGACCGGGAGGAGAUCCUCCAGCUGCACAACAAGCUGAGGGGCAGCGUUUACCCCACCGCCUCAAACAUGGAGUACAUGGUUUGGGACGAUGAGCUGGAGAGGUCAGCCACUCACUGGGCCGAGGAGUGUCAGUGGGACCACGGACCUCAAGACCUCCUCAUGUCGAUUGGACAAAACCUGGCAGUUCACUGGGGGAGAUACCGCUCACCUGCCUUCCAUGUCCAGGCGUGGUACGACGAAGUAAAGGACUACACCUACCCCUACCCUCAGGAGUGCAACCCGUGGUGCCCUGACCGCUGCUCAGGGCCAAUGUGCACCCACUACACCCAGCUGGUCUGGGCAACCACGAGCCGAGUGGGCUGUGCUGUGCACGUGUGUCCAAGGAUGAACGUGUGGGGAGAAACAUGGGAGAACGCUGUUUACCUUGUUUGCAACUAUUCCCCAAAGGGAAACUGGAUCGGAGAGGCCCCGUAUCAACAUGGCCGUCCUUGUUCUCAGUGUCCUCCAAGUUUUGGAGGAGGAUGCAGAGACAAUCUGUGCUACAAAGACUCUCAGCGCUCGGAGACGGAGGACAUGAACGAGGUGGAAAAGCCUCAGGUGCCACUGUCACCUCGGACCACCUCCAAACCGAGCCCCAGACCUCCCAGGAAACCUGCAACCAAACCCUCCGCUCCCAAAACCGCCACCCCGAGGACAUCCUCCCCAAAGACUCCCAACAAUCCAUACCUCGCUCACAACAUCAAGUGUGAGACUAGACUGCGGGAUAAGUGUAAAGGAGCAACCUGCAACAGACACAACUGUCCAGCAAAUUGUUUAAAUACAAAAGGGAAAGUUUGGGGGACUGUUUCUUACGAUGUGCAAUCAAGUAUUUGCCGAGCUGCUAUCCAUUCCGGGGUCAUCGACAACAACGGAGGGCUGGUUGACGUAACGAGGACAGACAAGUUGCCGUUCUUUGUCAGAUCCACAAAAAACGGAGUCGAGUCUCUCAGCAAAUAUAAACCCGGCAACUCCUUCACGGUGGUCAAAGUGGAAGAAUAUAAUGCCGAUUGCUACACCACAGUGAGGGAAAUCUGCCCUUACAGACGACCAUCCUCACACUGUCCCAGAAUCAUCUGUCCAGCCAGCUGUAAGACUCAGCCAUCCUAUUGGUCGCCUGUAGUUGGAAACAACAUAUAUGCAGAUAGCUCUAGCAUUUGCAAAUCGGCCAUCCAUGCAGGGGUAAUCAAAGCAGACGGAGGUUUUGUUGACGUUCUGCCACUGGAAAGAAGAAAGAGUUACGCUGGAGUCCUAAAAAAUGGCAUCCAGUCUGAAAGCCAAAGCAACACAGACGGAGGCUCCUUUAGAAUGUUUGCCGUGAAGGUGUGACCCUUUUGAAGUCUGAGGACCAACAGCGUUUGCUCAGCUGGUCUGGAAAAGCAGGAAGUGCCCGCAGGUUGGAUGCCACGACUCCUGUGCAGUGGAGUCCGAAAAUAUACAUUUCCUCCGUCCCACCAUUUAUCACUGUAACCUCCAGUAGAAGUGCUUCAUUAUCAUCCGGGCAUAUUGUAUUUCGACGGUCCUUAUUUUUUAUUUUUUUUUACAUAAUCUGUGAAUACAGAAGAUUUUAUUAUGAACUGAACAGCUGGUGCUGAAAUAUUGUAGGUACACAGAAAUAAUUAUGUUUACAAUAAUGUUCAUAUUAAAUAUAUAUGCAGGGUUUUCAUACACAAGAAUGUAUACUGAUCACACUAUAUAUAUUUAAUCUUGUCCAGAAUACAUGAUGAUUUUUUUGUUUUUGACAGUUAUUACAAUAUAUCAAUUUGUUAACGCUUUAAUAGUUGUUUUUUUGUGGUUAACUGGGUUAUAAUUUUCUACUGUUGAACAUUUAGCCACAAGCUGCCAAACAUUUUAGUUUCUGACCUACAAAUAACAGCAGAGACGGAAACUUUUGACUCACAAGAUUUUCUUUUUAUGUUUUUUUUUUUUCCCAAGUUAGAUUAAAUAUUUUAUUAAAAUUUUUAAGGCCCAAGCUGUACCCCAUUGUCCGGGAUAGGGUAUCUUAAAACUCCUGCUGUUGAGUCACGUCCAAGUGUAAAUGAGAGCUUCUGAAGAAUAAAGUAGUUAGAAUAUAUCAAACGCCAGAUACAUGUUUUAUAAGAUGAGCUCCAAUAUCUCCGUCUUUUUUUAGUGCUUGCUUAUUUCUCUGAUUAUUUCUUGAUGCCUUUUUUGGCCCUGUUGUGUAUAUGAAAAUGUAACGUUGUCCCUGCCCCCCACUUAGACAGUUGAAUGUGUUGCACGGUUCAGGUACAGAGAUGUUUGUAUUUCAAUGGUGUGAGAAUGUGUAACGGUUUGCGACGUUGAACUGCAGUUUGUGCGUUUUGGAACAACUGGCGCUGUGCAGCACAAUUAGAGAAGAUACCUACUUUGCUGAUUUGUUUUAUUCUACAAAAGAACAUGCUUCUUUUGUUCAAAUGACUGAUCAAACAAAUACAUUUUGUUUUGUAGGCCUUUUGCGUCCUGAAGCACAGCAGAUAUGUUGAAGCACUUUUAAGCUUUGUUGUGUCUCCUCUGUUUUUGUUAUUACUAAAGAUGAAAAACAUUUGUAUUUAUAGUCAGAGUGAUAAUCUGGAAAAGCUGCAGCCAUGUACGCCAUGUCGUCUUUCUGUCUCUGUAUUCUACCUCAGUCCUAUUGCUUUGCUCAGCAGUUGUUUUUUUUUUUUUUUUUGGGAGGGAGAUUUUGUUUUAAUGAACGUUUUGUAAAAUACGGCAACUGUAAAUAAUAGGAUCUUUGUUUUUAAAUUUCAUUCUCUAAAAGUAUGAUUAAAACAUGUAUAUUUGUUUGUUUUCUGUGCUGUUUUUUAACAGAUGUGGUGGUGUAUGUCCUAUACAUUUUUUUUGCACAAUAUGAAAAUAAAGUAUGUUUUACAAAUACAAA